AUGAUUGUAGUAAACUUUUUGGAACACAAUCAAGUCAUCCAGCUUAUUGUACUAAUGCUGCUUCAGGUACAUCUGCUUGUGUUAGCAGAAAGUGCUCAGAUAAUACAGAUGCAACUGAUAACACAACCUGCAAUGGAUUCUUACCUGGAUGUAUAACAAAUGGAUAAGGUUGUGUUGUUUACAAUACACCAUCUAUAUCUAUGAAAGGAACUUAAGCAAUAUGUGAUAAAUUAUAGGCUGAACAGUUUCAAGCUUUUGAAAAAAUUAAUGUUAUAACUCAUCAAGUGAUACUGCAACAGAUUAUUUCAAAGUUAAAACUUGUGCUCUUGCUGAAAACUAGACUGAUAGCACAUGUGGAUCAUUUUUAGAAGGUUGUGUUUAAAAUGGUAAUGGAGGGUGUUCUGAUCCAAAAACAGCAACUUGUUCUAGUUAUACUGGAGUUGUAGCAUUUUGCGAAAAUGCAGUUGUUGGAAGUAAUGGUGCAAAAUAUUAUUUUAGAGCAUCAUCAUCAGAAUUAUGCAAGACAAGAACUUGCACAGAUAAUACAACGGCAACAAAAGAUGAUGAAUGUGAACAUUUAUAAGUGUCUGUAUUGCAAAAUCAGAAGGAGGUUGUAUGGAUAAAUCAAGAACUACUCUAACAACUUGCCCACACAUUUUCAGGUGGAUUAGUUGGUGUGAAAGU